AUGGAAGAGGAUGAUCAAAGAGAGCGUCGUCCCGUGCUCGACCUCAACUUGUCGAUCAGCACUGGCUCGCGUCCGCCUCCAAGCCAGGAGCCCACUCGAGCUGCCGCCCUGGAGAACGCUCACGCCGCAAGGUUGAGGGAGAUGGCGCGGCGGGAGCUGCAGCUGGCCGAGCAAGACCUGGCGCGAGCGAGGCUGAUCUGGGAGCGGGCCAGCGAGGAGAUGGAGAAGGCAGAGAGGAUGAAGGGAAUCGCUGCCGGAAUGAACUCCGCCUGCCUGGAGAUCACCUGCCGGAAUUGCCACCGGAGGUUCCGCCCGUGA